UUUCUAAAGUACUCUAGACUACUCGUGGCUUACACACCCAUCAUUUCACUCAAAUACCCUACGAUAUGUCCCUCUCUCGAAGAUCUAUAGCAGGAAGCCUGCAGCUUCUACAUAGCGCGAGGAUUACGCCAUUCCAAUGCCAGAAACCGAUUGACAAGCGACCUCGCUCAUCUCUGACGGCCAGUGGACGCUGCCGGAAAGAAGUCGCCCUUGCGACGCACGAUCAACACCAAAGCUCCAUUCAAUACGCACUGACCACCCUCGACCAAGUCACCAAUUGGGCCCUCCAGGGCUCCUUGUGGCCCAUGACCUUCGGCCUGGCGUGCUGUGCCGUGGAAAUGAUGCAUGCGGCCGGUCCCCGUUACGACAUAGAACGCCUGGGAAUGCUGUUUAGAGCCUCCCCUCGACAGGCGGAUCUCCUGAUCGUAGCCGGUACGUUGACGAACAAGAUGGCGCCAGCGUUCCGACAGGUCUACGAUCAGAUGCCCGAGCCACGAUUCGUGAUUAGUAUGGGCAGCUGUGCGAAUGGGGGUGGGUAUUAUCACUAUAGUUACUCCGUGGUCCGGGGCUGCGAUCGGAUUGUGCCAGUGGAUGUAUAUGUACCAGGAUGUGAGUGCUGUCUUCCGCGAGCUAGAGGUUCCAUGAAAGACUUGAUGACUGAUGAAAUUAUAGGCCCACCAACAGCCGAAGCUUUGCUAUAUGGAAUUUCCUUGGUACAGAAGAAGAUUCGGCAUAGGAAAGUGACUCGGAUGUGGUAUAGACGUUGAGGUCUUGUCCGGUCUGACUCUAAAAACAUGUAUCUAGUUGAGAUUGACAGAUUGUUUCAAAGGAGUAAAAAAGACUUAGUCAUCACAGUACCAGGUUUGAGUUCUUGCCAGAGUAAGGCUUCA